AGUCUCAUCUUCUGGAUUUAGGCGAGAAACAAGAAACCAUGGUGGAGCGGAGGUGCAUUGAAAGGAAUCGAUCUCGUUCCAAAUGUAGUAUCCUAUCCAAUGAAUUAAGUCAUUGUCGACGUCGUCAACCUCGGAGAUUGUUGGUGGCGUCGUCGCUAUUUCUCUCGCUCCUUUCCUACGCGAUAUGUUUUCCUUUCGGCAGUAACACGAUAAUGAAAGGGAAGCCUGAUUGGGGGGCAGAAGCGGGGACGAAAAGGAAAACGAACAGAUAUAAUGGGCGUUCUUUUUAUCACAGGGAGCAUUCAUUGUCCUCUCGAUAUACGUUCGUUUCGAACGUUGCAGUGCUAUCCCUGUCAUCGGGUUCUCAUUCGCGUGAGUCGGGUAUUUCUCGGAACAACGUGAGCACGGAAGAGAAAGAAAAUAAAAAUAGGAGCAACAUAAUAACCAUCGAAACUGUGGAUAGCUCAGGACAAGAACUUCCAUUGCGAACAAGAGAAUACCGUCGCCGAAAACACGAAUGGGCGGAACGUUAUACUAGCCAAGAAGGUUUGAGGGAAGCCUUCGGAAGAAACCGGAACCGAUGGUGGGGGGACCUCGAUGCGCAAACAGCAAGGCGUCUCUACAAGAGAUUAUUGUUUCCUGCUGCAUUAAGUGAACUAGUCUUGGAAUUGGGAGACGAAAUAGUGAGACCAGAAGAAUUGGCACCUCUUGCAUACGAAGCCCGCAAAGCAGCAAAAAUGUACGUCCGGGAAAGAUGUAGGGUGCCUUCUCGCGUUGGAGCGUAUCUGAUCGAUGGCUUUCGACAAUUGUACAAGUAUGGAAAAUUCCAACCAAAUGGUGCUUCGUAUGAACAGAUUUGGAUUCGGUAUUAUGAAGAAUACGGUAGCAGCAAUCACACCGAAGAGGAAUUGAUUGUAUUGCUUACUCAGAAUGAUAAUCAGGACACAGAUAGUGAUGUUGAUAUCGAUAAUGAUGACAUAGUUCUUGUUGAGGAUAUAAUUGAUGACAUUGACGAUGCGGUGACCGAAGACGAAAUAAUAAAGCGGACUUGCCAAAAGAUACUCGAAAAGUCUUGCACGACAAACGGAGCAAUCGAUCGGUUCUACUUGAGAAAUUUCGAUCAGAAUUCGUUGAGGGAGGAAUGCAGCAAUCUUCAAGCUGAGAGCAUCAGCAGCUGCGACGCGAAUCAAAAUGAUUGCAAUAAAAAAGUAAGAAAGAGUCGCGGGUCAAGAUGGAGGAAUAGAAAGAGGCGAAAAGAUCGCUACAAUGAUCUAUUUUUGGAAAAGAUCACGAACACUCUAGAAAGAGAUGUUCGAAAACUUUUAGAGCCUCCACCCCCUUUGCUCCACUCUCCUACUGAGCAAGAGGAAGAGGGGACUCUCUUUGGCCAGUUCAUGAAAGAGCGUGCGAAAUGCAAUGCAGAAAUCGAUAGAGUGGGCGAAUGCGAAACGAAUAAAAAAGAAGGCGACUGGUCAUCUCGAAGGAUGACCCGACAAGAAUAUCACUCUCUGAAAUUGUUUGCAAAGGCAAUGAAACGGUCGCAGCAACAAUACAGUGAAAGCAAUGCAAACGAUGCAACGAAAAGAAUUUCUAUUGACGAUAUUGCUCUAACUGAGCGCAGCGAAAACAUCGAUAUUGUAACUGUAUCCAAAGCUGCUGAGCCAGAAAGAACUCGAAACAAAGACCGAUGAUUUUGGUGUUCAAGAUCGAUAGUUUCACUGGCAAUCUUCUUUCCAGGUGCGAUUGCCAUGCAUAAAUUAUAAUUGCACCUAAGCUAUAAAGAUUAAUCGACAGU